AUGGGGAAACCGAAGGGAGAAGGAGGGAGGAGUAAAGGGCGUCCCUCUAGUAGCAGGUGAGGGGCGUCCCUCUAGUUCUUCUGUUUUUUUGGUUGAUUGCCGGCUCACCUUCAUAAUUCGUUGAUUUUCCAUUGAUCGAGCAGCCUGGCAGCGUCGCUGUUGUCUUCUGGUGCUUCCAGCGUGGGCUUUGGGGGAUACCUUGGGAGCUCUCGAAUCGAGUCUUCUUCCAUAGGCGAAGAAGCUGGGACUUCCUCUGUAUUGUCUCUCUCAUUAAUCCCUUUUAAUUGCCACCUUUCUGCUCAACGAUGUCAGUUCUGCUCAACGAUGUCAGACUAUCUCCAUAUAGUACUUAAGGAAAAAAACUCAUCUGUGAGCUUGUUUGUCCGCCUGCAACACUACUACACAUGAAAGAAUCGGUACCUGAAUAAUGAUUGAACAUGGUGUCAAGUCAAGACAAGCUGUUCGUAUAUAAAUUAAAAGAGAUAAAAUUUUGAACUGUGGAUGGGACUGGUCAAGAUGUAACGGAUAAAGUGCCAAGACGAGGGGGAGAGGGGGUUGGAUAGGCCAUUGUUUGUCUUUUAAAGAGUAUGUUAUCAACGGGAGGACCGUCGUAUCUUUGUUUUCUGUCUUAUAAGAUGUAGCCUCAUUUCGGAAGGUCUCUAACUGGUUUUCUUGUCAACCUAGAGUAUCAUCCCGACAAAUUAUACUUUCAUAUUAUGGUUUUUGAUGAAAUCUUAUGUGUACUCUCCCUCACCCCACGAAGACUUUACCUUGUUCCCGAAGAUGUCAAAGUCUGUUCUCAUUGCUGAAGAAUCUCUGCCAAUUUCAAUUGCGAUGCAAAUCAUGUUGACACAACUCUACCGAUUCAGGGAGCAACUCCAUUCCAUCCCUGCUGAUUCUUAAUUAAUGAAGGUUAUCUGGCCUCUGGGUUUGAUUCAAAUUGGCUGACUCGUACAAAAAAUUCUCUGAUUUUAUUUUUCGUGGUGUUUUCCUCAAUUUGCUCAUCUACACAGGGUAAAAUAAUUUAACUUCUUGCCUUCUAAAUGUUCUGGCUUUAUGCUUAUCGCACUUCUGUUCAGUGUUAUUAAUUUCAAUGUGAAUCGUUUAACAAGUGAGCCUUUUUUGAUAUUUUCAAAGUUCAUCAUGGUAGACUUACUAAACAUACAAACGGAUAUAUGUCUUAGGAUGUGGAUGGUGAACUUGCACAGCAUUUAAAGAGACUCGGUAGGAAGGAUCCUAUAACAAAGGUGAAUCGUAACGGUUUUCCAUUUCAAUUUUCUCUUUCGUAGUUUUGAUAUGCUUCUGCUGUAAUUUUUUACGUUUAAUUCACGGUGCUGUGUAUCUCAUGCUUCAUUAAUCUUUUUGGUAUCAGUUCCUUGUUUUCCUUAUUUUCCUUAUCAUUUUUUCUGAAUAAAGACGACUUGAAUGGCAACUCAUGUGCUUACUUAUCUCGUAAGUUCAUAUGUACAAAGUAGUGAUCCAAUCCUUUUCCAAUUUUCUCUCAAAAAAAAUUUAAUGGAAGGAAAUGAAUAGAGAACAUAUGAAGUCACAAAUGAGCAACCGUGAAGCAAUGAAAGAGCACACAUUAGUAUGCAGUACUUAAACGCUGAGAAAAGUAUCUGAAGCUAUCAAACCAAAUUAUCUCAGAAUUUUUCUGGAGUUUAAGAUUUUUUGGAUGGUAUUGUGAACCUACGUAUGCCAAUCUUUUUGUUAGAACUGUGGCCAUAGUCAUCAUUGUUUCCCCAUGUAAGCAUUGAGGUUGCUCCGUUUCUUGAACUUGUUUUUUCCUUCUUGUCCUAACAUAUAAAAUAUGGGGCAGCUGUAAGUCAUGCUAGCCUGUUUCAUACUGGUGGAUCUGUCAUAUAAUAGCUAAGACCGGUUCCAAACCAUCAAAGAUCGGAGUUGUUUACUGUGUUCUAUCAAUAUAGAAAAGCCUCUCAAAGUCUUAUACAUGAGAUGGAUAAAGACCAUGGAUUAGAGAGGGGGGCAAAGUUUCCUUCAGGUGACCAUGAAUUGUGAAGUAAUCUCCUAAAACUCUUCGACGUCAAAUGGAGAUGUGAGAGUAGUUACCUUUUGAUAGAUUUCCGUGUAUCUAUGUUAAACACUUUGAUCUGAAAUACGUGUACAUUGAGGCUCGUUCUUUUUUCCUAAUUUCCAUAUCUAUAUCACAGGCAGGGCUUUAUUGUUGUUUUGGAUGCUUGGGGGAUCACCUCCUUCCUUCCUAUAUUUCACUCCCCAUUUCAUCAAAUGUCCCUGGAGCCUUGUUGUUAUUUCUCAUUGUCUAGAGGGAACUUCUCUUAGAUGCAUCGACCCAUGAAAUAAAUGCCUAUCUGCAUCAUCUGUCAAAUCCAAAAAAAAAUCUAAGUGUACUUAGAAAAAUCCAAAAUAUUUUCCUCUCUAAUUUACAUUUUGGACAUGCAGAUUUUGGGAGGGAGAAACAAAUCCUUGGGAAGAAAGUUGUCAUGCAGCCCAAAGUGUCUGCUGUAAUUUGUAUGUCAUCCUCAGGUAUUCCCAUGCCAAUUACCUCAUUUCUUGGGAAAUUCACCUUUAUUUAGAUCACUACUUCGUAAUAUCGUUCCAUCCUCACCAUGGCUGAAAGAACCUGGCAUUUAAAAGUUAUCCAUUAUGUCGAAUAGAUCUUUCAACAGGAAACUCUAUAGUUAUUCCAAAUUUGGUUUCCUAUUCCUCAGUAAGGUGGGGUCCAUCCAUUGAUGCCGAACAACAUGGCCGAGAGAGAAAAUUACCAUGUGAUUCCCUCCGGAAAUUUGAAAUCCCAUGUGUUUCUCUACUCAUGAAUGUGGGCAAACACAAUUCUUUCAUGUUCCUUGAUCAGUUCAGUCUAUUUAUCAUGAACACAUGUGGACAAUUCUUUCUGAUCAGUCCUUUUCAUUCAAUUUUAAAAAAAAUAGUUUUAAGUACCUCAAUCUACUGCUUUGAUGUAGUAGAUGAAAGACAAAGUGGUGGUGAGAUUGGUGGGAUCAAAAGAGGGAGUGAAGGAAAGAGACGCAUCUAGGUGUCUAUGUACAGGUGAUCACAGUGGACAACCAAAACAACCACAAAGUGAAUAAUGGCUUGUGAUUUCUUUAUUGGAUGGUUUUUAAAAUUUAAAUUUUCACAAUGUAAAAUCUAAGAUAUAUCCUGUAGUGUCCCUAUACUUUUUUUUGUGCUCUAUAAUUUUUACUGCCAUAUUUUUCUUUUGUCAUGUCCUUUUUAACCAAAGCAUUUAUGAUAAAUCUAUUGAUCUGUCAUUCAUCUUUUAUGGAAAUAAUUUGACAUAGUGACGUAUACACUGCAAAUGCAUCUGUGUUGAAGAAAGAGAUUUUUUUAUCCAGUUUGCUUUUGAUGCAGGUCAAAGCUCUUACGACUUUAAGUGCACUCUUUAAACAAGUUUCAGGAUCAGAGCUUGCAAUUAUUGUACCAAAAUGGGUACGUUUCUUUUGUUCUCGAAUCCACUCAGGAAUUACCCCUUUUUCCAAUUCAAACACAUUCUAUGAUGUUAUCAUAGAUCUUCCAACCCGCUGCAGAAGCUCCUCUUUUGGUUAGCUGGGUCACCAGAAUCUUCCUCAUUUAAAUACCCACCUUCGAUCUACGUUAAUCCAAGGACAUUCACACUUGACCUCCCCUCCCUCUCUUCUCCAUUUCUCUAAAUAAAAACCCAACCAUGCUUCAGGUGACGAUCCUCAUCCUUAUAACGAGAUACAUUUCCCUCCCUCCCACAUGCUGCUCUCUGCACUCAUUGUUUGUCCCCUUCCCGUUUUUUGUCUCUCAUGAUCUUCCUACACUUGCCACUCCUUUCCAUUCUAAGCUGUCACUUAUCCUUAAUCUCUUGUUUUCCAUGUUGUACACCCAUCAUUCUGUAUUGCGGCAUAACUUUUCCUGUAGGUUGUGCUUUUUAUUUCUCUCUCCUUAGGAUUUUUUUUCCUUUUGUUCUUUUCUUUUCGGGGUGGGGGGUGAUCGUACGCCCUGUAUAGCCUCUGAUUUCUCUUCCAAGGCACAAAAUACCUGCCAGAAUGUAAUUUGGAAGCAAUGUUUUUAAUAAUUAUCAUGAAAAGUCCUUGACAAUUUUGUUUAAGGUUUUGCUAAAUGUGGAUGACUACAAGAAGGGUUGCUUCCUUUUCAGGCAUUUGAGUACAAGAAACUCUUGUACGAUUACAGCAGGGAUGUCCGGCGGUCUACUCAUGAGGCUAUGGCUAAUCUUGUCGCUGCUGUGAGGUUUGAUUCUUUCAUGUUUGGCAUUUUUUUCAAUCUCGUCUUAAAAAUAUGCCGAAUACCUAUAAUAUAAAUGAAGAUGAGAACAGCCAUUUUAUGAUUUUUAAAUUCCCUGUGUAGAAAACAUGCUGAAUUGAUUCGUAUCUUGUUUUGCAAAACGGUUCUUAUCUAAUAUUUGUCUGUGGGCUGUACAUGUUCAAGAAAACAGGAGUAUCAUUUCAUGAAUUCUCAGUCUUUUUUUCUUCCCAUGUGAUUCUCAAUUGUUGAAGAAACUGGAAACCAAUACACUCCUGGGACCGAGAUGUAGAUGAUCAUGACGCAUUCCCUUAUUUAUAGUACGCUUUGGUAUCUGAAAUGUUGGAAUUGGAUGUUGACUUUAAUCUAUGCCGGUCAAACAUAUUAGCCUAAACUUCAUCUAUUUUGUGCAAGUCUGUCUUUCUAUAUUUGUUAAGUUUUUGGAUUAGAGAAUCUUUUUAUAUUGACAAAAAUAUCAAACUAUUGAGAACAUUUUUUUUCAUGUGGUCAUGAUCACGCUAUUAUAUAAAAAAUGUGCUAUUGUGCACGAUCAGAGCCUCAAUGAUUGCUAAUAUGAUACUCAAAUCAGAAAUUCUGAUUUGGCGGUAGAAGAAAUACCAGGCUGAGCUACACGCUAUCAUAAAGGUCUUUAUGUGAUCGAAAAAUAUCACUCUGUGAUGUAAAAUGUUCAAAAUAUUUUCGUGUUCAUAUGCCCUAUGUUUCCUUAAAGUUAGCUCUAGAUUUUUUAUUUGCUGUGCAAAAAAUUCCGGCAAUAAUAUUAUCCACGAUUUUCUGUCAUCUGGAUGUGUUGGCUUUGAACUUGGACAAAAACAGUUUCAGGCAGACAUGUUAUUCAAGUUACCUGAACUUGAACAUGAUUAAUUCUUAUGAGAACCUGUGUAAAGUGUUUGAAUGUGUGCUUCUGAGAUCUUUUUUUGACUCAACUUUUUAUGGUCCUUUUCGCUCAGGAAAGGCUUGGCUCCUCAUCUGAAAUCGUUGAUGGGACCAUGGUGGUUUUCCCAGUUUGAUCCUGUACCUGAAAUUGCUCAAGCUGCUAGGCGAUCGUUAGAGGUCUGGAGGCGUACCUUUUCUAGAGUAGUUGGUCUUUUUUUUUUCGUAUUCUUAGUUUCCUGAAACCCUACACUUCUUUGGCUUGCAAAAAGGCUGUCUAACCAGUUGAAAUGCAUUAACAUGUAGAAUCAAUGUUCAAAUUCUGUAAUCUCAGUACCAAAAAUAUUUUCGUUCGAUUAUUUGUUAAGAUUACAAGAUGCUUGGUGUUGCAAUCUCGUUUUAUAAGUCUUUAUUGGGCACUCAUGCUUUGUUCAAAAUAUGAUAACUAUCAUUAUGCCAAUUUUUUGGCUUAUGUUAUUUUGUGACAUAAUAUUCACAAACAGGCUGCUUUUCCUGCCCAAGAGAAGAGAUUGGAUGCCUUGGUUCUCUGUGCCAGUGAUAUUUUUCUGUAUCUAGAUGAGAAUCUAAGGCUCAAGCCACAAGAGAUGAUGGAGAAAUCUAUCCCUACAGAUGAACUGGAAGAGAUGCACAACCAUGUAUGUUUUCGUUCUCCCUGAAGAGUGUUAUCUCGUAUUUUCUGUUGUUUAGGACUACAUUACUAUGUUUGUGCCGUCUCUUUCUUCAGUCAAAAGCAUAAUUGCCAAUUCAUGUUUAGUUGGCUAGACUUCUGUAGCCGGAGACAUGUAUACUGAUCAACUAUCUUUUUUAUGACAUGAGUUCCUAAACUUCAGAUUACCUUUUUUGAGUUUUGGGAUUAUGCAGGAGUAUUUAGUUUUAAUGUUAAGCCCUUCCGUUAUGAGGUUGCCCAUGGAUAGGGCUGGUGGAGCAUAUCCCAUCAGCAUCCCACUUUUUUUAUCUAUGCGAGCUUCAUCUCAUGAAUGUGUGAAGUGGAUCACAUCUCGUGUACACAUCAAAAUAUGCAUCGUUUCUUAAAUUUAUGAAAUGGGCCUCAUGUCAUAAAUUUGUUAAAUGAGUUAACAUUUUAGAGACAGUUAAAUGUCUCUAGGAUGAACAUUUAUGCAGUGAGCUUUAUUUCAUUGACUCAGGAGUAGGCUUUACCCUUGAAACUCCUCGAAUCAACUUCAUGGAUUAUUAAGGUCUUCUAGCUGCCUUCAAGUUCAUUCAUGAUUUUUUAUGCAAUAUUUUUUUAUUGCAUGGUAUAAGACAGUUAAUUAAAACUGUUCCUUUAGUCGAAGAAUGGAUGUAAUUAACCCUUACUCUGGUCUGUAGAUUGGAUUCAAAUUUAAACCAACUUAAAAAGUGCAGUCUACGAAUGGAUCUAAUAUACGAAACACAUUAUAUCUUGUCUUUAAGAAGACAAAAGAUAAUGAGUUCCCUAAAGAAAUAAAUCUAGAUAGUAUGUGGGUAAAAAUCACAUUACUUCACCAUUCCUCACUACAGUUGCCACAAGAAAUUCUGAGGAAUAAGGAAACUAUUGUCAGCCAUAUUGAUGUUGAUGAUAUUGUGGAAAGAAAAAGAAUACCUGACGGUUACAAACUCCUUUAGUUGUGGAAAAAAGACAGUGAGAGAAAAUGAUAGCUACUGGCCAAGUUACCCCUACUUUUGUGGAUAGGUGUAGACAAAAUAUACUCAUAUAUUCACUGCAAUGUUGGGGGCACUGAUGUCUUUAUGAUGCUCACAACUCUCUUUCUGUUGGAGGAUGGCCAACACGUGGUCACUUUUGAAAGGGCUCAUGUGGAUCUCCCCUUCAUUAAAACAGCAGUCUUUGAUAUUCUAUAAAUAGAACCCCUAUCUCAUUCCAAAAUUCAUAAGGACAAACAUGAGAAGAGAAUGACGACCUUCUCAAGAAAAAAAGUGAGAAUUGAAGAGACGCCUAUAGUGAGUCAGAGAUUUGAGUCCAAUUAUUUAAUGCACUGUAGCCCAUUAUAUUCUGUUUAUAGUUAUUAGUGAGAGCUCAAUAGUCCAGUCACUUUAUACUAGACAUUUAAUGAGCUAGAUCUUAGUAACACAUCAUUUUUUUUUUGAAUCUGCUAUGUUCUUGACAUAGGUGCCAAGUGUACAAACCUAUUAACAAAAUGUGCAUGAACCUUUUAACCUUAAUUGGGUUUUUUUUGAGUCAGAAAGCAGUUCUUUUGAGACAUGAGCACUUCAAUUUUGUGAGAGGCCUCUCAACGGCCAGAGGCAAAAACUAUUUUGAGUAAAUUACUGUUUGGGUAGAGACAUUGGGCCACUCAUUGUUUCAAUUUUUGGGUAAAUUAAUAAUAGGGCUUGUUUCGAACUAGAGCUUAGUAGCUAAUAGUGAUGAUCUGUUUUUUUGGUUAGCAGUAACCCAUCUUUAAUUGGAUUCCAGCCUAACUUUAUUUUGAUUUAACCCACCUUUUAUUGUACUUCAACUCAACUUUUCCCCCUGAUCUCAGAUGGCUUGCAACAAGAUCAGAGGGUAGGUGAGAUUUUGAUUGAUAGAGGAAUGGAUUGUAUUGUUUUGUGUUUGUAAGAUUUUUGUUUAGUUUGGGGCUUUAAUGAAUCACACCCUUGUAUAAACUUUUCAAUUAAUGAAUAUGCACUUUCAAUAGCCAAAGUGAUUCUUGGUCUAUUCUUCAGGUGGAAAUUCUUCUUUAAUUUGAUGGUUUUUUUUCAUAUCUUGCAUUCUUUUCACGAAUAUAAUGUGUAUUUUUUUUCUAGGUUAUUUCAUCAUCUUUGCUGGCAGUGGCUACCCUUCUAGAUGUCUUAAUAGGGACGAAACUGCAAACUGAUGAUUCAGACACUGCCCAGGAAGGACGGAAAGUUCCUUUAAAAGCUAGGCAGAGUAUUAUUUCUUCUGCAGAGAGAAUUUUUUCUGCUCAUAAUUUUUUUCUCGAGUUUUUCAAGUCCAAAAGCCCUCGAGUUCGUUCAGCUGCAUAUUCUAUACUUGGAAGCUAUGUUAAGCAUAUGCCUCACGUUUUUAGUGUAGAAAAUCUUACGCCACUUUCAACAGCAAUACUUUCUGCUUUUCGAGAGAAGGAUGCAUCAUGCCAUUCUUCCAUGUGGGACAUGGUACUGCUAUUUUCCAAAAAGUUUCCAGACAGUUGGUUCCAAGACAAUGUUCAGAAAGGUUCCCUUGCUUCCCUUUGGCAUUUUUUGCGAAAUGGGUGUUACGGGUCGCAGCAAGUUUCCUAUCCAAUUUUGAUUCUGCUCCUAGAUGCCAUACCUCCUAAAGCAAUUAUUAAGGAAUCUUUUCUUCUGAAGUUCUUUCAGAACUUAUGGGCAGGAAGAAAUCCGCACUCUUCUUCUUUGGAUCAAUCGACCUUCUUUGAAGCAUUCAAGGAAUGUUUCUUGUGGGGAUUAUUCAAUGCAUCAAGGUGAUAAUUCUUAUGAACUGAUGCGGCUCUUUUUAUGCUGGCAUUUUGUUUCUGUCAUAGAUUUUUCAAAAACCUUUUGCAGUUUAAUUUUUGGCUGACUUACAUAUAUACAGACAUUUUUCAGGGGAAGAUAAUAUUUUUCAUUUCCAAGUGACUCUAAUUGAGAAUAUCGUUGUGCUGCUUCUGUGGCACGAAUAUAUUUUCAUAGGGCGAAAGGAUGACCCUCAAGUUUUACAUGCAAGAUCUUUGGAAACUUCUAGUGUAAAUUAUCCUUUCAGCUAUUUUCAGGAAUUGGGUAGAUGCAUUAUUGGAGUUCUUUCGAAUAUAUCCCUGAGGAAAAUUAGUUUGCUUGGUACCUUUUGUACGCCAUUUCAAAAGGACUGCUUGGAUAUCUUGCAACAAGAAGAGAACUUGCAAAAAUACUCAGAACAGACGGAACGAAUUAGCAAUUUUCUUUUGCUACUUGAUCAACAUGCUUUGCAGAAAAAUGAAACUUGGUCUCUGAAUCAUGUUGCGGGGCCACUUUUUGCUGGGUUGUUCCCGUUACUAAGAUCUUUGGUGAGUGUCAAAUGUAUUUAACGUAAUUUUUUUCAUUUUUUAUCAUCACUCUCAGGAUUGGUCUACGAAGAUGUGAUUGUUUCUCUUGACUUCGUGCCUAAUAUUUUAUUUCAUCGCAACAAAUGACACUUACUCGUGAAUUCAUCCUUCACUUUUUGAUAAAUGUUGGAUACUCGUCAGUUUAACAGCUCCUCGCUCAAAAUGAAAGUAGUCAAUUAGAUUUGCUUUCGUUUAGCAACAAAUUUUCUGUAUGCACUCCCCAUAUAUCAUAUUCACCUGGUCAAUUUUUUCAGAUUGCAUGUUACAUAGGUAUAAAUAUUUCGAAAUCCAACAGUGAAUUUUGGAUGUUGGCAUGUUAACCCAGGCUAUCUAUAAGUUUGAAGAGUUGUUGCUUCUGUGUGGAACCUGUUUUCUGGUACUACAUUUCAGAUGCUAAUCGAAGACAUCUGUGUUUUUGAAUGUUGUUUUGGUAGUAACUUGUACAUAUUCCAAUUUUUUGUGCACCUGGCAGACUUUCAACUUGGUUCCAUAUUGAAAGUUCUUCCUUACAAAAGGUUGUCUCCAGGGAAAUCCGCUUACGUCAUAUUCAUUUUGCUGUUACUUCAAAUUGAAAGCUGUGAAUCGUGUGUGAGAUCAAGUUGGGCGAUGUCAGGGAAUUGUGGGCUUCAUUUGGGGCCAUGGAAUGCAUCAGAAAUGCCCAUGUAGAGCUGUUCUGAUGAAUUGAUCUCACACACGAUGCACAGCUUUUCAUUUAAUACAUUCUUAAGCGUUGCACUUUCUAAUUUAUCAAUCUAUGAUUAUUCCGAAAAUAAUACAUGAUACCCUUGCCAAAAAGGCCGCACUAGGAACCAUUUUCUGUUUAUUCUCCCGUUGUUUUCCCCUUCUUACAGCUAAUACAGGAAAGUUUGCUUAAUAUUUUUUCUUCGUAUCUUAGUUUUUAUCUGAGAACUGUAGGAUCAGGUCGGCUGUUGACUUAGACAACUAUGGGCCUGAUUUAUGUAUUGGGUAGAUACCAGAGUUACAUCCUCUUUUCGUGUAAAUAUUUUUUCUAUUGCUUUCUUUCCUAAUGUAGUAUUUGGGGCUGGGUCAACUUAUGGCCAAAUUAUGGUUCUUGAUGAGUUCUAGCUCUCCAUGAAAUCGCUUUUCUUCUUUAAAUUCAUAUGGGAAGGCAAUAAUGAAUGAACUGUUUAACAGAAUGCUUCAAUGUGAAAUUGAACUAAUCAUAUCAGGGUCGUACCACUGGGAGUAUUGCUGCUGAGGCAGGCACAGAGGUAUGAUUCAGGCACGAAAAUAAUGUGAACACAUUAGUGUGACCUGACAACUAGCGGUGCAAUAGCAUUGUAAAUUUUUUGUUUAUACCCAGGAUCAUUGUCGGUCAAGUAUCAUUGCUUCCCAUUUGUAGUAGAGGGGAUCACCAGUCUCAUCCAGUAAUGUAUCAUGUGAUUAAUAUCUGAAGUGUUUUCUCCUACAUCAUAACACACAAGUGAGCGUUGAUUUUGGAAUGUGACGUGGGAAUUAAUAUUUACCGAUUAAAUAUAAAUUAAUGUUUUUGACAACGUCUUUCAUUCAGUCCAAAACAUUUCGGAUACAUGAAUGUGUUCUUAUUUCGGGUUUACUUUGUCAAGAAGUUUUUUUUUAUCUCAGAUUCUUGAUGUGUAUCUAUUUAAAUCCUGUACAGGACUCCUCAGAUGUUGUCAAUGUCUUGCGCACUAUGGUUGAAAUUUUUGGACCAAGAACUAUUGUGUCACAUCUCUUUACUUCAAGUGCGCAUUACAGAAGUGUGCUAUCUGAUGAAGGUGAUGACAAAGUGAUAACUGACGUCUUUUUGGACCUCUUCAAGGAAGACUUUGUUCCUUUGUGUUUGCAGAAGUAUACACGCUCUAGCAGUUCAAGGCUUGAUUUAUUAAUUUCUUUACUUGACAAGGAAAUUUUCUCUGAACAAUGGCUUGUAAUCAUGCUACAUGCUAGAAUGUUGGAACAAUAUCCUGGAACUGACCAUGUUCGCGUGCUAGCAAUGCUGAUGGAGAAAUUAAGAGAAAAAAUUGGUGACAGAACACCAGGAAGUAAGUUACAACGUAUAAGUAUCAAUUCAGAAUGCUGGCAACACGACUUCUUAAAUUCUGUGGCAGUUUCUAUUGCCUGCCAACGCCCUCCAUUCAGCGAAUCUGAUGUUUCUUUUCUAUGGUAACGUCUUGGCGUUUCUCAUUUAUAACAGUGUCACUGUAUCUCCCAUUAUUACAUAUCCCUCCUGAUGCAACUUGUUGCCUGUAUAUCGUUAUUAUGUUCAUCACAAGUCGGGCUCAUCUUUGUCCAAUGGGUAACAUAAAUAUUUAUCAAAAUUUGUUGAAAAGUUAUCUUGCUUCUUCUCAACCCCAAUGGAUAAUCUAAAUAUACCCGAUCAAGAAAUCAUUAUCAGGGGAGGGUAUCUCAAAACUCAUAUGAGAUGAAUUAAUUUUUGGAAAACAUAAAUCCUUAAUCACAGUUUUUGCACAUUCAAAUGUACUCAGAGCACAAUUUCCUAUAAACUUUGGCAAAGAGAUCUGAGAGUGAGCGAAGUGGUAACCUUGAUGAAUGGAUGCAUGAUCUUCCUAUAGGACAAGCUCAAAGCUUAGCCAUAUUGAAUAAAUAAGUUAUGAUCUGGAUAACCAAAUAUUUUUUUGAAGAGUCAUUCUUGGGGAUAAGCAUUUUUUGCUUGCAACGCAUUGCACCCUUUGCUUCAUAUUUAUUCAAUUUCUUUCAUAAGUUUACUUCUGUGAGCUUCGCUUUGCAUCUUCCCAUGCAUUUUAGGCAUAAUAUUCUCUAAUGUAGCUCUACAUCACAACUCUGUACUACUCUGGUGAUAGUCAAUGAAAAUCCCAAAGCUACCCGCCCUGAAGUAGGAGCAUUGGACCACAAAUCUGCCCUGAACUCAACCAGGAUGGAUGGGUCAAUAAGGAAACCAAGAAUGAUCAUAAGAUCACCCGUCUGAGAAAUUGCUAGAUGGGAAGUUUGCCCAUAUGACUAGUCAUUUCACCCCAUACUAAUGUCACUGAAUUUUUUUUUUCCCAAAUGUAAAUUUAGGGUCAAGACAUACUAUGCACUUGCCAGGAGAACUAUAAAUUUCAGUAUCUUCGAGCAAAAAAUACAAUAUUUGGAUGUUUAUGUCUGAUUUCUCAAGUUUAAGUAAAAUUUUGGAAAAAAAUUAUAUUCUGAAUGACAUGGGUGUCCAUUUCUUGUAUGUUGUCUAUAUAUGUUGCAGUGCUGCCCUUGGAGGGUCAUCAGAAUAUGAUCAAGCCUGCUUUCUUUCUGGAGAAACCGUGCUUCUUGUAUUUGAGGAAAUUCUAAAAAAAUUGGUGGGAUUUCUUGUGGUAUCUCCUUUCAAGUGGGUAAAGUCCGCAAGCUCUUUAUUGCUGGCCUAUGAAACAUGGGAUUUAAUUCAGAAAUGGGAAAUGCCUUUCACGACGACCCUUGAAAUCGCUCAAUUUGCUUUUGACAUUCUUGCUGGUAGUAUCUAUUGCUUGAAGAGGCUUGAUAAUGAAUGUGGAUUGAUUGCUUCGAUUUUAGCCGCCAUACUCAUUAUUGGAUGGGAGUAUAACAUAACAUCCGAGGCAUUUGUGGAUGACGAGUCCGAGAAUUUUUUGGGUUCGACCGAUGCCAGUAAUAUAGGCAGUGAAGAUGUGUAUCUAGGUCAUGUUGGUGCCAGAUUGGUUCUAGGGAAGAAAAUGUAUGAGUUCCGUAGUAGGAUUGGCUCUUCCUUCUUAAGAAGCCUUACCUCAUCCAGUCGUGCAAAACUGGAGGAUGCUUUGGUCCUGACUGUCAAGUCUGCAAUAUCUGACACAGAUAGAUUCACUGUUGACAGGACAACUACUCUGUGCUGCAAAUGGGUGGUGGGCAUGCUUGAAGAUAUUUGUCGAGAUGGCACUGCUGAACAACAAUUGUUAACAAAGUUAUUGUCAAACGAUGAAUCUUGGACUUUCUGGGUUGGUCCAUGCUCUGGUGAUGGUGGGUCUGUUACUAUUCAUUCUGAGAAUCCAGACAAUACUCAUGUGAGAAAUUUUAUUCCUAGUCUAUGUUUUUACUUUUUUGUAUUUUUUUAAAAUGCGAACGAUUCUCUAUUUUUGAAUCUUUUUAGGACGGUGGAUGGUAACAAAGUUCAUUAAUAACAGAAAAAAAAUUAGAAACUUUUAUUCGGUAGGGUGUAAACAUGCUGGCAUAUUCUUUAUUUCACGUGCAAAGUAUCCUCGCCAAGUUGUGUGCUGACAUACUCUAUUAAUAAUGGGGAACAGUGAACACCAAGCCUUCUUCUAAAAAACCCUCACGGGGGUUUACUCUCCAUAUUGAAGUGUACCACACAUAUCUGCUCAUUUGCCACAAGUAAUCUAAUUCCUCUACCACCUGUCAGCUACACCUCAAUAUAAGUAGGAGGUAAAGUGGUUCACAGGCCAGAUGGAUCUUAUGCUCACUCAUCUCGUAAGUUGCAUUUUAUUUCAGAUCUCUUUCAUAAAAGGUGGCAAAUAAUUACAUCUAGGUACUAAAAGAGCCUAAACUAACCAUGGGCACACUCCACAUUAAUAAAUGGAAUGUUUGGUGGAGACUUGUGAUACAGAAAGGCAGCAGAUAUGAGAAUCAGUUCGAUAUACAAUGCUACUUACGCAUAUCCUCCCCCAUCCCCAUCUUUAUGAGUCAUCUUUGUACUACGGUUAUGACCGUGUGACAGCACAAUAUCAUCAUCACCUUUUCCCCUUGCAAGUAGGGGAACAAUAUUCCUUGCUCCUUAAUUAUACACGUUUACUGUGCGUUGGCUAAAUACUGAAUGCAGAAGUGAUGUGUUUUACCAUCAUUUUACUAUCUCUAUUCUUUAUGGAAACUCCCACAAAGCGGAUCUCCACCUUCUAGGAUGCUGGGUCAAGUGGAAAAGAUAAAUAACUUUGCUCAAUCAGUCAUCUGAUAUCUGACUUUUUCGAUGGCGCUUCUUCCUCAUCGCUGCUAGACAUCUGCUAUCCCUUCUGUUCCAACUACCACGUAUUCUUUAGGAAAUAGUAAUUCAAUGUCUCCCACUUGUGGAUCCAUCUAGAUUUAUUGUUGAUGUUUGUGAAUUAGUCAAUCAUACUAAACGAUUAACUCUGAAAGUUACAGGCAUAAUUCUCCAUACCACGGUAAAUGAUUCAGCCCAAUUGCUCUCUUGUUGCACUAAGUCUGUUGAGGUAUAUCUAAAAGGGUGAAAUUUAGAUAUUUGCACCAUUAAUGUUUGGAAUCGAUUCCAUUUUGAGCUGCAAAUCUUCUAAAUGAGAAUUGCCAGUAAAACAAAUUUUAUACACCGCAGGUUUCUUUGUUCAAUAUAUAUCUUAUUACCUGUAUUAAUGUAUUCAACAAAUCCUGAGGUCUCAAGUCGCUCCAUUUAAUGUCCUUUUCGCAUAGCAUGUUGAUAUUCAUGAACUUAAGUCUGCCCUCAAUGAGAACAGUAAUUCCAUCUGACCACUUUGUUACUCAUCAUUGAAAUCAGGAGGUAGUUUUCUUUAUCUGAAGCCUUGUAGCCUGUACCUCUGGACUGGGAACCAGAAUAUCUUAUUUAACCAUUUCUAACAUCUUCUUGAACCUAGAGAUUUCACUAUUAGUUUUACAUAGAUACUUGUGUUAACUUAAAGCAUUAAUUGAUUAAUAUGCUAAAGCAUUCAGUUCCUAAGACACGGCCAUGCCCUCCAGAUGUGGAAAGAGAUUCGAAUUGCAAUGGUACCUCUACAUUAAAGUUCAGGUGUGCAUUAUUCCCAUGAGACGGCUUACUGGUAGUUGCACUUCUUUGGCCGAAUUGUAACUGCUAGUUAAUGAUUCAUUUAUCAACCUCCCAUUGGUAAAAAUAUUUUUCCUAGAUUUCCUCCUGGUAUUCUCUCCGUUCCAUGGAACCAUUAUGUUACUAUACCUGCUUGAUGUACACUGAUUUUUUUUAAAGAAGAAACGGUACGCUGUUUGAUACUAUUUAUCAUUCUUGCAGGAAUUUACGCAUCAGAGUUUUUCUGCUUUUGUAAGCAAGCUUGUUUUGAAUCUCGGAGUUGAUAAAAUAAUUGCUGGAGUCGCAUCACUGACUCAUAGCUCACUUGCGGAAGUACCUAAAGAUCAGUCUGUAUCUUUAUCUUUUUCUCGUUCAUGGCUUGCUGCUGAAUUGCUAUGUUCAUGGAAAUGGCAUGGUGGUAGCGUUGCAGAAUCCUUUUUACCAUUAUUGAAUGCUUUUGCUAAAACUGAAUCAUCGGCUGAAAAAAGCAUAGUAUGUUGUGUUGCCAAGAUAUUAAUAGAUGGUGCCAUAAUCCAUGCAACCACCGGUCUGGCCACCUUCCUAAAUCCAUGGAUCCUAUCAGACGAUGAGGUUGAAAAUAUUCAGAAUCCAUAUUUGAGAGCUCUCGUUUCUUUACUGUUGACACUUACUUUCAAAGAUAGCACUUGGACCGAGAGAGAGGCUAAUUUACUUUUAGACUAUACUGUGGAUAAACUAUUUGUUGGAACAGAGGUAGACCUAAGUUGUUUAAAGAUUCUUCCAUUUAUCCUAAAUGUACUUAUUCAGCCCCUGCGUAGUGGGGAACUUACAUCUGAUGAAUCUAAGGGAUCAUCUGCUCUGGAUGCAUUGACCGAAGACAGGGUGCACGGCUAUGUCUUGAGUUGGCUUGAGAAAGCCCUUUCUCUGCCGUCUUUAGCUUUAAGUCGAGCUACCUCCGAUGGUAAUCAUCGAUUACUUUCCUUAUUUGAUUAGACAUCUUUCAUAAACUGUGGCUUUUUUUAAACGCAUGCUGAUUUUUCAUCAUCUUUAUCACAGAUUCUGUGGAAUGGGUUCAAGUGGUCAUUUCUUGCUUCCCUUUAUGCAUAACUAGAGAGAGCAGAAAUAUCCGAGUCAAAGCAUUGCAGGAUAUCAAUCAUUUGGAAAGAAAAUCUCUGCUGUCUUUAUUUCGAAAACAAAAAUGCUCGUUGGAGAUUAAUUCGGCAACAACGGCACAAAUGAUGUUAGCAAAUUUAACAGCAGUUGCUGUUGGUUAUUGCUGGCUGGAAUUUGAUGAAGUUGACUGGGACUACGUGUUUUCUCAGUUGCAUUUAUGGACAAAUUCAACUGUUCUCGUGAUGGAGGAAGCUGCAGAGAAUGUUGAUUCUAUUAUUGUGAAUGCUAAGCCUGGUGACAGUUCAGAUAGUGUAUCGAGAAAGCUUGAGGUGGCAGUGCAGAUCAUCGGUCCUCAACCGAUAAAUAUCACCAGGACUGCACUUAUUAUAUUCUCUCUAUUUUCUCAGCUUGCAGAAGAUGAGGAAAUGAGAACUUGUGAGGUGUUGCAGUCCAUUAAGUCCAAAACUUGGGAAUCUAUCAAGAACGACCUAAUUGAACACACACUUCGCCUGUUCUUUUCUACUGGUGCAACAGAGGCUAUUGCGAGUUCCUUUGGUGCGGAGACAUCGUCUGUUAUUGCAUCAAAUAGGCUUUUAUAUUCUCAGUUUUGGGAGCUCGUUGGUUUCUGUGCCAUCAAUUCACCUGAUCAUGUGAGGACUUCAGCUGUGCAGUCAAUGGAUCUUUGGGGUCUUAGUAAGGGAUCCGUUACUGCAUUGUAUGCAAUCCUUUUCUCAUCAAAACCUCUCUCUUCCUUACAAUUCGCUGCCUUUCAUAUCCUUUCAUCAGAGCCCGUCUGUCGCUUGUCAGUCCUAAAAGAAAGUUGCCUACAAGAUGAUACUCAAAGCGAAAAUGUUGUUGGCUCGUCCUUGGAUGAAUCUAUUUGUUUGAGGGAUGAGAUCUCUUGCAUUAUCGAAAAACCUGCUGCUGAAGUUCUCAAAACGGAUUUAACAUCGCCGCUUCGUGUAAGUAUGGUGGAUUUUGCACUAUAACUAUGUUUUUUUCACUAUCUUGCAUUUUCUGCCAGGAUUUAUUUUUUACUUACCGUUUUAUUAAUUUUAUUUAUUUAUAUUCAGAUUGGAACUAUUAUGUUUUAAUUGUUUUGCAUGUGUAGGUAAAUAUAUUUCUUGCAUGGGCUUUGUUGCUGUCUCAUUUACAGUCACUACCAUCUUCUUCCCUUCUGAAAGAGAAAUUGAUCCAGUGCAUUCAAGAUUCCAUUAGUCCACUGAUACUGGAUUUAGUAUUCCAACAAUUCCCACUGAAAGCAGGCUCAUUACAUAGUCUGAAGAAGAAGGACGCUGAGCUUCCCAUUGAAACAUCGAAGGCUGCUAAUGGUGCAAAGCAUGCGAUAACCACAUGCUCAUUGUUCUUUGCUAUCGAGACGUUUUGGCCCAUUGAUGUGGAUUCAAUGGCUUCACUCGCCGGCUCUAUCUAUGGAUUGAUGAUUCGCCUCUUACCUGCUUAUGUUCGAAACUGGUUUACUGCCUUGCGUGAUCGAUCUUCGUCGCAGUCUAUUGAAUCAUUCACAAAACUUUGGUGCAGCCCUCCUCUCUUCUCGGAGGAGCUAUCUCAGGUAUCAGCUGACAAAUUAUAUUAUUCUUGUCUUCUAUUUUUUUUCUAUAUAGAGCUUGGCUCGGAUUGAUGGAAAGAAGCUCAAGAGUAACAGCGAUGCCUGAUUAUUAUUUUUAUUAUUAUUAUUUUCUUCAUGGGUUAGAUGAAGGCAUUAUAUAAUCAAAAUUUCCUGAUGUUUUAUCCUAAGAGAAGUUCAUCUUUUCCAAUCUGAUCAUUUGAUCUAAAUCGAACCAGAUAGCCACUUUUUGGAAGCUAAAUAAUCUAUUGAUAUGCUCUAUGCACAGAAAUAAUACUCAAACUGUAACCAGGUCAAUUCACCACUUUGUUACUGUCUUCUGGGUCAAUCCCCUGGAAGGACCAAUCUGACCCACCAAUUUUUUGAAAUGAUAUUUUGCAUUUUUUUUGUAUGGAUAGGAUAAAAAUAUUUCAUUAAUUAAUAAUUUUAUUAGAAACAGAAUCCAUUGAUUCGCACUCACAAUGACUAUACUAGCUUCACAGGGGUUAAAAUUAUUUUCUUGACAUGUGCCUAAGGCAAGGAGAAAAAAGACGAUUUGUGGCUCUGUAAUUUCUUUUCUUUAAAAAUUAUAAUUCUCUGUUUUUACCAUGGAAAAUAAUAAUUUUAGCGCUUUUAUUGUCUGUCUCUUAUUUGUGGUUUCUUUUUUCUCCAUCAUGUGAGCAUAAAUUCCUGAAAACAUAAUAAAACGAAAUAGCAUCAGCUCCAAGUCAUUCUUCCUGGUUGCAUUGGAAAAUUUGGUAAAUUGCACAGAUUUUACUGCUAAAAAUAUGGUCAGGUGCUACAUUGAUGCGAAAUAUAAGGUUGUGCCGAAGUCAACCUCGCAUAUUCAUUUAAUUCACACACACAGACAAGCACAUAGAUUGCAACGUUGACUUUAUUGUUUUCAAGUAUCUUCAAAUUGACCGUGAGCUUACUUACAUAUAUAGAAGGAAACCUUAUGAUGGGCGAAUAUCAUCUGUAAUGUCGACCUAAACAUGAUAAAAUUUUACAAAGCGAAUCAUAGAACUGGUAAAUUAUCAGUAGUGAAUGGUUGCCAUAUACCUUCAACUGACAUCAUCAUCGUCGUUGACUGAGUGUUAAUAAUUUCUCAGAUCAAGGGGGCUGCCUUUGGCGAUGAUAACUUCUCUGUAACUUUGAACAAGUCUGCGCUGGAGAUAAUUGCCACUUAUAAGAAAGAGGAGUCGGGAAUGGAUUUGGUCAUUCGCCUUCCCGGCUGUUACCCACUGAGACCUGUGGACGUUGACUGCACAAGAAGCCUGGGUGUGAGCGAAGUGAAGCAGAGAAAGUGGCUUCUCUCCCUGACCGCCUUCGUUUGCAACCAGGUUAGUAAUCUUCUAUGCAAACUGAAUCUCAAGUUAUUUUCAUGGUAUCAUCGAUCAGAUUCUGCAAAAAUUGAGUAAAUAGAAAAAAUAUAUAUAUUAUACAUCACCAAAGGCAGCUCCCUUCUUGGCACAAGGGGCACAAUAGGAAAAUCUCUCUCUCUUUCUCUCUCUCUCUCUCUCUCUCUCUCUCUCUCUCUAUCUAUCUAUCUAUCUCUAUCUCUCUCCUGCAUACAUGUUUGAGUUGUUUUCAUUCAUUGUACUUGCUUCUGUGAAAAGGAAUUGUCAGAGUUUCUCUCUCUUAUAGUUGAGCGCGGAUUUGUUAAUUGCAGAACGGAGCAAUCGCAGAAGCUAUUCGAACGUGGAAGAGCAACCUGGACAGAGAGUUCGAAGGGGUGGAGGAGUGCCCCAUCUGCUACAGCAUCAUCCACACCACCAACCACAGCCUCCCUCGGCUGGCCUGCAAAACCUGCAAGCACAAGUUCCAUUCUGCCUGCCUCUACAAGUGGUUCUCCACCUCCCACAAGUCAACCUGCCCCUUGUGCCAGACCCCCUUCUGA